AUGUUAAACAUCCCACUCCACGGAGUGACUCCACUCAAAUGGAGGAAUCCAUCACCGGUGGACAACGAUUCGUGUCUUGUUUGUGGGGAUCCGAAUGCAAAAAGACAUUAUGGGGCAAUGUCUUGUAAUGGAUGCAAGGGAUUCUUCAGGAGAAGUGUUUGGGAAAAACGAGAGUACAAUUGUUCGUUCGGCGACGAGUGUAUCAUUGAGUUCAAGUACCGUAACCGAUGCAGAGCAUGUCGUCUGAAGAGAUGUAUUACUGUUGGAAUGGAUAGAGAGGCGGUUCGAAGUGAGAGAGCACGGAAACCGAAGACAGAGAUCAAGAUGGAGUUUGAUAUUGAUGGAAUCAAAAGAGAGAUCAAAGAGGAACCAUUGGAUUCAGAUACAGAGGAUGAGUGUCCUCAGUUAUUGGAUAUCAACCCCGAUUUCUCUAGGAAGACUUCGACAGAUGGAAUCAUUGGAUACAUGAUUUCAGAGGAGAGCCGAGUCAUCAACUGGGAAGAACCAUACAACCGUCUACGUCACUACACAAUGGACUGUGAUGUCGAACCGGCUAUCGAGGAUCCAUCGAAAGUUUGUGCGAGGACACGGAUCCUGUGGGACAAUAUCAAUCGACCACUGAUCACAAUGGAAGCAUUGCGAUUCAAUUGGUGUCGGACAUUCACACUGACUAUCGAUUGGUUCGAAACACUGCCAGAGUAUCGGGCUCUCACCGGAGACGACAAAGUCCUCGCCGUAAAACUCUCCCUUAUGCCAGUCGGAUGGCUUUGGUACGCCUACAAAGCCUACGAGCAACGCUGUGACGGAAUCGUUUUCGUAGAUGGAAGUUGGUUUCCGAGGGAUAAAACUAUUCAGCAACAAGUCUGUGCAACAUGCGUUCUCUACUAUGGAAAAAUCACUGAAUCCUUCAUGGCUGACGUCGUAAACCAGAUGAAAAUUCUGGAAAUGGAUGAGACUGAAAUGGUUCUUCUCAAAGCGAUCGCCCACUUGACACCCGACUAUCGUUAUUCUGAUUAUGCGGGAAAUGUUGUGAAGAAUGGAAGAGAAAAGUAUAAGAAAGCGCUUUGUGAAUAUGUUCGAGGCAAAUCGACUUGCUAUAUGUCAGCUGCUUACAGACUUUCAAAGUUGUUGCAGAUUCUUCCAGUUGUUGAUAUUCUCGGAAAAUACGAAGACGAAAGUGCUCUUUUGGUAUCUCUCGGAGAGAUGGGGUCCGGUGGAGGACUUGCUUAUGAUAUUCACGCAAGUGACUCACAUUUCGAACAAAAAGGUCAGAGAACUCGACGCCAGAAGUAUCAUCAAUCCAUUCCAUUGCAUAUUCAAUGA